UCUGGAUUUUAAAGGUCAAAACAAGAAAAAACGGCCGCACGCACCCGGUUGCUCGUGCCUGGGCCUGGGCUGCUUUGCCGCCAGUGACCUCGCCUGAUCUCCUCCGUUUCCCGUUCUUUGCGCCGAGACUGCUCUUCCUUUUAACUCUGGCGUUACAUUGACUGCAGAGAGAGAGUAGCUUUGCUUAUCCCAGUCUGCACUCUGCAGUUACCAGUUAUGCCCGUUUUCAGGGAUUCAAUUGCACUAAUACGGAGUAACUAGCUAGCGUCACUGUGGAAUCCUGUAUAAAUGUAGAGGUAUACGCUAGCUACACCACACCUAGCAAGCCCAGGUACACCUCAAGUAACUGAUCAUCUGAGCCGCGAAGAUCAUGGCACGGCAAAGUGUUGCUGCCUCCGUGCUUGCCGCCAUGCUGCUCGUCGUCGGGGUCUUUGCAUCCAUCCCUACUGGUAUGAAGCCAACAUCAUGCAGCGCUAGGGGUGCGAUCCAUCGGCGUGUGCUACGGGGUGCACGGCGACCGGCUGCCGUCGCCGGCCGAGGUGGUGCAGCUCUACCGUUCCAACGGCAUCACGGGCAUGCGCCUCUACGAGCCAGACGUGAACACGCUCCUGGCCCUCAACGGCUCAGGCAUCGGCGUCAUCAUGGACGUGGCCGACGAGAACGUGCCCCGCCUCGCCUCUUCCCCUUCCGUCGCCGCCGACUGGGUCAAGCUCAACAUCCAACGCUACUACCCCGGCGUCGCCUUCCGCUACAUCGCUGUCGGCAACGAGAUCACGGGCUCCGCCACGCAAAACAUCGUGCCGGCCAUGAAAAACCUCAACGCGGCACUCUCAUCUGCCGGCCUUAGCGGCGCCAUCAAGGUGUCCACGGCGGUCCGGAUGGACGUGCUCGCGGCGUCCUCGCCGCCGUCCGCGGGCACGUUCAGGGACGCGUACAUGACGCAGGUGGCCAGGCUCCUGGACAGCACGGGCGCGCCGCUGCUGGCCAACGUGUACCCUUACUUCGCCUACACGGGCGCCCCCCAGGGCGCCAUUGACGUCAACUACGCGCUCUUCCAGCCCAGCUCUACCAUUGUUCAUGAUAACGGGCAUGACUACACCAACCUCUUCGACGCCAUGGUCGAUGCCUUGUAUGUCGCGCUGGCCAAGGUGAAUAUACUGUCGACGGUGCAAGUCGUAAUCUCGGAAACCGGGUGGCCUUCGGCGGGCAGCGCCAGCGCCACGGUAGCGAACGCGCGGACGUACAACCAGAACCUGGUUGAUCAUGUCCGUGGGGGGACGCCCAGGAGGCCGGGUAAGGCCAUCGAGGCUUACUUGUUCGCCAUGUUCAACGAGAACCUGAAGACGGGGGCCGAGAGCGAGAGGCACUUUGGGCUGUUCAAUCCGGACAAGUCGCCCGUGUAUCCAAUCAAAUUCUGAUUGAUGUCAACCGUAUCAUGUAUGCGCGUACCAUGACAUAUGAUUAUGAUUUCAGUUAAUAAAAGUUGCAAACUAAUGCAUGCAAUUAGUAGCUUUCGGCAGAA